AUGAUUGAUUGCCUCCCACUUAAUUGCUUCGAGCAAGUGGUCAAGUUUUUACCUCAAGAAGAUAUAAUCUCAUUGACCUAUGCUUCUCGUGAGUUGUACAACAGGACGGUAGUCUAUCUGUACAGGAACAUUCACCUUAACGAGAAGCCAGAAUUCAAGAGCGAUUUGGAAUUGCCAAAAAUUCACAAUUGGUCAUUGCUUUGUAUCCCAUGGUCGUCCUCUCACAAGAGUUCAGCGGAAAGAAAGUUGGAGUCAUUACUAAGAAGCUUCGAGUCUAACACAAAGCUGUGCGAUAAUGUCAGGAAGAUCCUCUGCUCGUGGCAUUUGGCCGUUCCUACUCUGAUCAGAAUCAUCAGCCUUUUAGGUAGAUAUGCUACAAAACUACAGUAUUUUGAAGGAUACCUCGACCAAGAAAUCAUGGAUGCGCUAGCCAUUCUUGCACCAAGGCUCAAAUCGCUUGUGAUUGCACCUCCAAGGAAAGUACCAGCAAACAAGGCCAUGGCUGACUAUUACAAAAGGAUGAACUCCCUUAUAGAUCACUAUGAUUGGUCGAGGAUAUCAGAUCUCACAUUGUAUGCGACAGCUUGUGUUGCCAGGCCCAACGUGCCGAAUCUGCUCAAGAUUCGCAGCCUCCAUUUACAUCUCCGGCCAGACACAAUCGAGGAGGCUUGUUUGGAGCCUUUUUACUCGUUGUUCGAUACAACAGCUCUCGAAGACCUGUUUAUCACAUCAUGGUAUAAGGCGAGAGACGACGAGAUCAAUCUAUAUGAGAUAUGGCACUUGUACGAAUUUCAUAAAUUCCACAACAUUAAAAAACUGACAUUAACGUCUUUGCAACCAGAUAUGGAAUAUCUAAGAGGCUGCUUCGAAAAUUACGGACGGUUAGAGAAGUUAACUGUGGACUAUUUGCUUGAUGCAACGGUUGAUGCUUCAACGAUAAAAUGUCUACGACGCGCUCAUUGUUCCCAGACCUUGAAGUGCCUAGACAUUAAUACCGAUAUGCUUAGUCCUCCAUUACUUACAAUCGACGAAUCUGGUGACAAGUUUGUCCCAACAAUGAAUUGCCAAUGCAGUGACUGUCGUGAUACCUUUAGUCAAAUCAUCAGGAGGAAAUACUUCCCUAGUUCCGAGAAACUAUCUAUUAAUGGGUUUUCAGAUGUCAAUGCUAGGCAUUUCACACUGCAAAUGUUCAGAUUGUUCCCUAUCUUGCCGCACCCUCUAAUUAUGGGCGAGUCUCCUGCAAUUGCCUACGUUACCUAUUCAUUGCAAGACCAUGCCGACAAAGUGAACGAGUUAUUAGCGUGUGGCAAAUCCCAUUCUCGUAGGAUCACAGCAGAUGAUAUCAGACGCCUGUAUUACGCACACCUUCAUUCAUUGAAGAAGACAUUCGAUUAUUAUUUGAAGAGUUUUCCCAACUUGCAAUAUUUUACACUAAAUGAUAUUCCAACGCAGAUAACUCAAGUCGAUGAGCAACAGCGUUGCAAUAUACCAGUAUUUUACUCACAAGGUUAUCGAAGUAACCAGACUUAUGAACUUGUAAGUGAUGAAUCUUUGUUUCACUAA